AAUUACAGACAUGAGCCAUGGCGCCUGGCCUAAUUUCAAACAUAUAUAAAAUAUACCUUUCUGGCCCUGAAUUUGUAAGUGUACGUAUUUGUCUUUUACUUUGAAAUCUCCUAAUUGAGUGAUAGAUUUCAGAGUCUCAAAAGGUUUUUUUAUGAGUAAGGAAAAUAAGUAAAUAACGUACUGUUAGUAUGCUUGGAGAAAUAUGUUUAUAAAAGUAAAAAUGCUCUUUUAUUUAAAAUUUAAUGAUGGUGAUAGAUAUUGUAAAGCCAAAGCAAUUAAAAGGAAAAGGACAUUUUGAGAAAAUGGCUUGUUCUUAUGUAACUAAAUAUAUACUGUUUACUUGUAUUUUGUCAGAUUCUGAAAUUGAGGAAGAGAGAUUUGGAGUUCUGAUGAUUUAUGGAGAGAGUUAAUCAGAGAUUGCUCCUUGACUGAGCUGCUGUCUGCAUAGGCUGUUAACAAUUGUUUCUCUGGCAGCAGAUCUUGUUCAUCAGGAUUGCAUCAUUUCUGGGAGAAUGGCCAAGGUCCACAGCCUCAGCACAAAGACUGUCUGAAGCAUAUGAGGCCUGUUCUCUUUCUGAAGCGGCACUCCUCUUCCUGCCAGUCCUCUUCACAGGAUUACUGAAGCAGACUUGUUCUGAAUUUCUUUCAUUGGAUUGGCUAUUUAUUGGACUCUUGUCUCCCAGCUGCUUCCGGCUCACCUGUCUGAUGCAAUUUCUUCUUCUGAAAUCUCUGUUGGAAUUAUUCUUAAAGCACUUUGUCUUCUCUGAGAGUGACCAGACAGAUCUUACAGGUCUUGUGCUUUCAGCAAGUCAUGUAGAGAAGAGACUGUCAGGAUCAUAAUACAGAGACAAUUGACCAUUUCUGAACUGAAUUAAAAAGAUAGGAUAAAUAAAAAACAUUUUUGGUCUUCAGAGAACUGGCAGAUAAUUUGGGGGAACUUCAUAUUCAGAGGUCUAUAUAAAGGAUUCCUCAUGUCCAUAACAUGUUGGCUGAGGCUGCACAGCUCACCCCCACUCUCAGAGUGGUCAGUCUCCAUUAAUUGGACCCCGUGAUUUCCAAUCUCUGCUGUGUUGGACGUCAUGAGCAUUGCAAUCCCUCUGGGAGUCACCACAUCAGACACAUCAUACUCAGAUAUGGCUGCUGGAUCAGAAAAGGAAGUGGAAGCCCCCUACCUUUCAAGACGAAGUGGCACUACACCAGGAUGUGAAAGUCCAGCGAAAGAGACCCAAGGGGCCUAGGGGGCAGCACACCCCCAGAAGCCAAGUCUAUUCCAGGCAGUACCAGGGAUUAGGGUCUGGGCUGGAAAAAUCCUGGUGUUUUGAAUAUGUUCAGGUCCAGUUCAGACUCUUGAUCCCACAGCCACUUCUUGAGUGAGACUUGCACACGAAGUGCAUAUGCUCAUAUUUACCCGUUUGGAGAUGGGUAAGAUACAACCAACAUAGCUCCAUCUCCAUGGCCAUCUUUUAUUUCAUGCAACUCUCCUUUUUCCCCUGUCCAAAAAAAAAAUCCAUUCCUAAUAAACAGCUGUCAUGUUUCACCCCAUGCGUUCAGUCGUACAAAAUCUCCUAUAUAAAAUAUGUACAGCUCUUUGGAAUACUCUAGUAUUUAUCUAGUAAUGUACCUAGUAAAUUAACAAUGUAUAAAUGUAUUAUUUUCUUUUAACUGUCCAUCAUAGAAACUAAAUUAUACCUUCAUUUUAUUAAUGCUUGUCUGCCUUUGGAUUCAUUGAGGAAACCUCACCUGUUUCCUAAUACGAUGAUUGCCUCUCAGUGAGCCAUAUCCAGAUCAUCUUUUUCUCAAGAAUACUGACCUGCAUUCUUGAUGUGUCCCCCCAAUACCCAUCUUACAGACAACUCUUAAAUAAUAAUAAAAUGCAUGCAUCUCACUAACAGAGAAUACUUUCCUCUGUCUAAAGUUCUUCUUCACCUAGAAAUUACCUUUGCUGUUAUUAAUAAGACCCCUUCUCACAGUUUUGGAGCAUAUAACUGGGUGAGUUGGAUGCGUAUCUCAGAAUUUUCUCUUAUCCCUCACUUCUUAGCUAACGGUGCGCCAUGUCGAGCUGCGCACUUUGUUCCUGCCAAGUACUGUAUACUGCUUAUCUUUAAGCAGGAAAAGUGUCUAUUAUUUGAGGCAAACAGUAUGUGUUAUUUGGUUCCCUAGAAGACCCACUGAUUUCUCAGGUUGAGUUAUACUAGUCCUUAGAGUUUCUAAUUUAUGAAUCUUCUAAUUAACAUAAAUUGCUGUAAUCCAUUAUUCAAUUCUGUAAGGUCAUAAAGUUACAUUUUUUAGUUAUCCUUCAAAAUUCCCAAAUGUAACCAGGUAACAGUCAGACCUGAAGUUCCUUCUUCCUUUAUCCUUUGCCACCUAUGCCUUUUUUUAAAUCAAGUAAAGGCUUAUAUUAAGUUUCUAAAUUUGAAUGCAUUUAUAAUUCUUCUAUAAUUAAUAAAUUCUGUUUUCCACUCAGUGGGGGUAUAAAAAGAUAAACCAAGCUUCUCACUAAGCCUGGUUAACAGAAGUCUCAAAUAAUUUUCUUUCAAGAUAGAAUAUUAUCCUGGUUUCCAAACCAAGAGCAAGAAGAAAGAAUAUACGUAGGAUUUGAAGUCAGACAGACUUUGUUUCAAAUUCUGGCUCUGUCAGUGUGUGACCUUGGGGAAGUCAAGCCAUCUUACCACCUCAACUUCCCCUCUUUAAAAAUGGGGUGCUGUUUGCCAUGUUUAGUGGUUACAUAAAUUAAAGACUAUAUAAAGCACCUAGCAAAUAAUAAUGGGUGAUCCAAAAUGGUAGCUGUUACUACUGUUAUUGUCACUAGAUAAAUAGAACUUUCGAGCUCAGUUUUGAUUACUUUGAAAUUCUUUAGUAUUACCAUGCAGCUGUUAAAUAAUUGUGUCCUAGAUAUGCUUGCAUGUCAUUGGUUGAUGAGAAAUUAUUACUCUAAUAUUUGAAAGGUGUUUGGGGGUUCGUCAAGAUGAGAGGUGUGAUAAAUAUAAGAUGCCAUUGUUUUUACCUGUACUUUCUUCAGGGUAUCCUGUCUUUGUAGUGAAUGGAAGAGGGCCUGGUCCCUGGGGCAGUGCAGAAGGCACUUUCAUCAUCUCACUCACUGCAAAUGUCAUGUGAGGUUUCAUGGAAGUAUUAAGAGAUCCAAUUAAGAAGAAUAGUUCUGAGUCUAAACCAGCCCAGAGUGGCUUCUCUAGGGGAAACUCCCCGCUCAGCUGCCCUGAAUCUGUGGAGGCUAGUCCAGCAGUUAAUGAGAAGAGCGUGUAUUCCACUCAUAAUUAUGGGACCACUCAGAGGCAUGGGUGUCGAGGACUGCCUUAUGCUGAUCAUAAUUACGGAGCCCCUCCUCCUCCGACACCUCCUGCUUCUCCCCCUGUCCAGACGAUCAUCCCUCGUUCUGACCUGAAUGGCCUGCCGUCGCCCGUAGAGGAACGCUGUGGAGACAGCCCGAACUCUGAAGGAGAGACUGUUCCUACCUGGUGUCCUUGUGGUCUUUCUCAGGAUGGCUUCCUUCUCAACUGUGACAAGUGCAGGGGAAUGAGCAGGGGGAAGGUUAUUAGACUUCAUCGGCGGAAGCAGGACAACAUAUCAGGUGGGGAUAGCAGUGCAACAGAAAGCUGGGAUGAGGAGCUUUCUCCUUCCACUGUGUUGUAUACAGCAACACAGCACACACCUACAAGCAUCACCUUAACUGUUAGAAGAACCAAACCCAAGAAGCGGAAAAAGAGUCCAGAAAAGGGUCGUGCAGCACCAAAGACUAAGAAAAUUAAGGCAUUUCGAGAGGGAUCCCGGAAGUCCUUGCGGAUGAAGAAUUCUCCCUCUGAAGCACAGAAUUUAGAUGAGAAUACAACUGAGGGCUGGGAAAAUCGGAUAAGACUAUGGACUGAUCAGUAUGAAGAAGCUUUCACUAAUCAGUACAGUGCAGAUGUACAGAACGCCCUUGAACAACAUCUACAUUCUAGCAAAGAGUUUGUGGGCAAACCUGCAAUUUUAGACACUAUUAAUAAGACUGAAUUGGCCUGUAAUAAUACAGUUAUUGGUUCCCAGAUGCAGUUACAGCUGGGAAGAGUCACUCGUGUUCAAAAGCACCGGAAGAUUUUGAGGGCCGCAAGAGAUUUGGCUUUAGACACUCUUAUAAUAGAGUAUCGUGGGAAAGUCAUGUUACGACAGCAAUUUGAGGUCAAUGGGCAUUUCUUCAAAAAACCAUACCCUUUUGUGCUCUUCUACUCAAAAUUCAAUGGUGUAGAGAUGUGUGUGGAUGCCCGUACUUUCGGUAAUGAUGCUCGGUUCAUCAGAAGAUCAUGUACACCAAAUGCAGAGGUGCGGCACAUGAUUGCAGAUGGGAUGAUUCACCUGUGUAUCUAUGCUGUGUCUGCCAUCACCAAGGAUGCUGAGGUCACCAUAGCGUUUGAUUAUGAGUACAGUAACUGCAGUAAUUAUAAAGUGGACUGUGCGUGUCACAAGGGGAACCGGAAUUGCCCUAUACAGAAGAGGAACCCCAAUGCUGCAGAACUGCCACUCCCGCCUCCUCCAAGCCUGCCCACCGUUGGGGCAGAGACCAGACGUAGAAAAGCACGGCGGAAAGAGCUAGAGAUGGAGCAGCAAAAUGAGGCUCCCGAGGAGAAUAAUGACCAGCAACCGCAAGAAGUUCCAGAGAAAGUCACUGUAUCCAGUGAUCAUGAGGAAGCAGACAAUCCAGAAGAAAAACCAGAAGAAGAAAAUGAAGAGGUUGUAGAUGGCCAGGAGAGUCCAGCCCACGGCAGGAGGACCCGAGAAGAUAGGAAGGUUGAAGCCAUCAUGCACGCUUUUGAAAACUUAGAGAAAAGAAAGAAGCGGCGGGACCAGUCCUUGGAGCAGAGCAGUUCUGACGUGGAGAUUACUGCCACCACCUCAGAGACUCCUGCUGCGGAAGAGACAAAAACUGAAGCCACUGAAUCUGAAGUUAGCAACUCAACCUCAAAUGUUGCUGUCCUGAGCAUCCCACAGAAUGUCGGUGUGAAUACCCGGAGGUCUUCCCAAGCAGGGGAUAUUGCUGCAGAAAAACCAGUCCCCAAACCACCUCCAGCAAAGCCUUCUAGGCCCCGACCGAAGAGUCGAAUUUCUCGGUACAGGACCAGUUCAGCCCAAAGACUAAAGCGUCAGAAGCAGGCCAGUGCACAGCAGGCAGAGUUGUCACAAGCUGCCUUAGAAGAGGGAGGAAAUAGCAGUUCAGUGACUCCUGCUGAAGCUGGAAGUAUAGACAGUGCGGGAGAAAACAGGCAAUUAAUAGGGACUGACCCAGCCGUUGUGUCAGUUGCUGGGUCCCACGUCAACCGUGCUGCAUCUAAAUACCCCAAAACCAAAAAGUAUCUAGUUACAGAAUGGUUGAACGACAAAGCAGAGAAGCAGGAGUGCCCUGUUGAGUGCCCUUUACGUAUCACCACGGACCCGACCGUGUUGGCAACCACCCUGAACAUGCUGCCGGGUCUCAUCCAUUCCCCACUAAUUUGCACCACCCCCAAACACUACAUUCGCUUCGGCUCACCCUUUAUCCCUGAGAGGCGUCGAAGGCCCCUUCUGCCUGAUGGCACAUUCAGCUCCUGUAAAAAGCGCUGGAUAAAACAAGCCUUGGAAGAAGGGAUGACUCAAACUUCAUCUGUACCCCAAGAGACUAGAACUCAGCACCUAUACCAAAGUAAUGAGAAUAGUAGCUCUUCUAGUAUCUGCAAAGACAAUGCAGACUUGUUGAGCCCAUUAAAGAAAUGGAAGUCUCGCUAUCUGAUGGAACAGAAUGUCACCAAGUUACUUCGCCCUCUGUCUCCAGUCACGCCACCGCUUCCCAAUUCAGGCUCAAAGAGCCCCCAGCUGGCCAUACCUGGUCCAUCUCACCCAGGAGAAGAGGAAUGUCGGAAUGGGUACAGCCUCAUGUUUUCACCAAUCACAUCUCUGACUACUGCCAGUCGCUGCAACACUCCUCUCCAGUUUGAGAACAUAUCCUCCCCCGAGAGUUCCCCUGCGCAUAGGCCUGAGUCCCUGUCACCCGAGCUCUGUCACCGAAAAGACCUGGAUUUGACAAAAGUAGGAUACCUUGACUCCAACACUAACAGCUGUGCUGACAGACCUUCCCUGCUCAACUCAGGCCAUUCCGACCUGGCUGCUCAUCCUUCCAUCGGGCCCACUUCUGAGACUGGCUUCCCAGGCAGGAGUGGAGACGGACAUCAGGCCCUCAUGAGAAACUCAGACCAGGCCUUUCGAACAGAGUUUAACCUGAUGUAUGCCUACUCCCCUUUGAACGCUAUGCCUCGAGCAGAUGGAUUGUAUCGAGGGUCUCCUCUGGUGGGAGACAGGAAGCCUUUGCAUCUGGACGGGGGAUAUUGUUCUCCUGCAGAAGGGUUUUCCAGCAGAUACGAACAUGGCUUUAUGAAAGACCUCUCUCGUGGAUCCAUGUCACCUGGUGGUGAAAGGGCCUGUGAGGGAGUCCCAUCUGUGCCCCAGAACCCACCGCAGAGGAAAAAGGUAUCCCUGCUGGAAUACCGAAAACGGAAACAAGAAGCCAAGGAAAAUUCUGCUGGUGGGGGAGGUGACUCUGCGCAGAGCAAAAGCAAGUCUUUAGGAGCCGGGCAAGGCUGCAGUGACUCUGUUUCGGACUCUGGCGCCCACGGUGCGCAGGGAUCCUCAGCCCGGACUCCAUCUUCCCCGCACAAGAAAUUCUCCCCAUCUCAUUCCUCUCUGUCCCACUUGGAGGCGGUAAGCCCAUCAGAUUCCAGAGGCACUUCUUCAUCUCACUGCAGACCUCAAGAGAAUAUCAGCAGUAGGUGGAUGGUCCCCACAUCAGUGGAGCGGCUCCGGGAAGGGGGCAGCAUCCCGAAGGUCCUCCGCAGCAGCGUGAGGGCGGCCCAGAAAGGAGAGCCCUCCCCCACGUGGGAGAGCAGCGCCGCAGAGAAGGACUCAGACGCUGCGGAUUCGGAAGGCCCCGAGACGCUGGGCGCAGCACUCUCCAAAGGAGCGGCCGUGUACAGCCCUUCCCGGUACAGCUACCAGCUCCUGCAGUGCGACAGCCCCCGGACAGAGCCACAGAGCCUCCUCCAGCAGAGCUCCUCCCCCUUCCGAGGACACCCCACCCAGUCUCCAGGGUACAGUUACCGGACUGCUGCCCUGAGGCCUGGAAACCCCCCCUCCCACGGCUCUUCCGAGUCGGCCCUCUCCUCGGCGCCCUACUCCAGCCCCGCCCACCCUGCGCCCACGGACUCGUCGGCCCCGUUCGCGGGGACGCCGGGGUAUCACGGCAGCCAGCCACACUCUGGCAGCAGCACCGGCAGCAGCCUUCCUCGGAGGAGCUGCCCUUCGAGCGCUGCUAGCCCUACCCCACAGGGGCCCUCGGACUCGCCAGCCUCGGACUCGGUUUCCCAGUCCAGCACAGGAACUCUGAGUUCCGCCUCCUUUCCCCAGAACUCUCGGCCGUCGCUGCCGUCAGACUUACGGACUAUCAGUCUGCCCGGCGCCGGGCAGGCCUCCUCCUACCAGGCCUCCAGGGUGUCUGCGGUUUCCAGUUCACAGCACCACCCGCAGCGCGGGGGUGGGAGCAUGCACCAGUACCGCCUCCAGCCAGUGCAGGGCUCGGGGGUCAAAUCUCAGACGGGACUUUCCUAGGGCUUCUGGACGUGGGCACAGGACUGAGCGAGCCCACAGCUGCUUCCUGCCAGCUGCCUCUGGAAGCUAGGCCGAGCAUACUGCUGGGGAAGGGGUGCAACUCGCCAGAGGAUCAGGUCUGGUGGACAAGAAACAAGACUUGUGGUCGAGGUUGGCCUCUGGCCUUGGAGAAAGCUGUAAAUCUUGUCUGAAGCAGAGACUAUAAAGAAGUUUCUCCCUGCUGUUCAGGGCACAUUGUUGACAAGCAAAUGGUGUUUCGGUUAGUAAUGGUUCUAAGUGCAAUGAGUUGUGUUGAAGCCUCCGUCUCCCAUCCUUGCCUGUAGCCUGUAGUCACUUGUGCAGUGAGGACAUCUUUUUAAAUUUAAAAAAAAAAAAAGUUUUCUUUUCAAAGGAAAAAAAAAUUUAAAAGAGCCAAUUUCGAACCCCCAAGCCAUCUGCGUAGUAGUGGGGGUUUAUGCACUUAAGAAGAAAGGUAGGUAUCUAAAUGUUCACCCCAAGAGAACCAUUCCAAAAGCAGAUAUCUGGCCAAGGUGUUUCCACCAAAAAUACUCCCUACCUUUGUCUUAAAAUCACCGAGAAUUACACGGGAUGGUAAAGCGUGGAACUGCUCUGGCUGAGGGGUGCCCGGCUCUCUGAAGAGGAGCUCACGGUGGGUUUUUGGUGAUCCGGGAGCAGACUGUCCCCGCUGUGACCACCGUGCUCCUCCUUCCCCAGACAUCUCACAGCCCGGCGAUGCGUGAGGCAGACGAGCGAGGGAAGAGCAGUGAGCUAGGCCAGCUGCAUUGCUUGCUUACCGGCUUCUGGCAGUAAGUCUGACCAGGAAGGAUACCGAGGGGUUUGGGAAUGCUUUGGAUUUUCUUGCUUCUACACCCUGUUAAUCGGGAGUUGAGGAGCCCGUGAGCAGGACCGCCCCCCAUCACCGGGGAGCACGCACUCGUGACGGCAGGGUAGGCGUGGGCAAGCGGGUGUGGAGUGGCACCGACAGGGCUGUGAUUGUGUGGGGGCCCACCCCACGGUUCUCUGGGGGGUGGCUGCGUGAGGGGGGCCCGGCGUGAGAGACGAGAGCAGACUGGCUUGUCCCCAUCAGUGCAUUGUGCCUGCUGUGCCUCCCUGGCGGGCCGGCGCCCCAGGUGGGGCACACAAUCUUUUUAAAUUCCAUACGGUUGCCAGCUUAUUUCUUUCACUUGUUUACUGUAAUAUCUGGCGUGUUUUUAUUUAUCUAAUUUUGUAUUCAGUUAUAACCAUGGUAGGGUAGUGAUUAUAUGACAGGUGUAACCCUGGUGCUGCAGUGGACCUUCUUUUCUUUUGGACAAGAUAAUACUGUGAGUCUCCCUCCUUCCUCACUUCUGAUUCGUUUUCUCCUCCUUUUUUUCCCUCCAGCCUCUUGCAUCCCCUUCUUCUCCACCCUGUCCUACAACUAUCAUAUGCACAGUCUUCUCUCUUUGUGUGUGACUGUUACAAAAUUUCACUUUUCAAAAUUGAAAUCAGGUGUUUGCUCAAAUGAGGGGAGGUGUUCUUUUUUUGUUUUUUUUUAAAUGCUGAGACCUCAGCAGAGUACUUUUCUUUUCAUCGUUUCCCCGACAAACCCGUCAGUCUGGGAGAGCCCUGGGAGUGGAAAUCAUGUUGCCUGGGAUGCUGGUUUCUUUGUAUAUUAUAUAAAACGUAUGUAAAUGUCUCUCCAUUCGGGCUGGGGUUUGCAUUCUCCCCUUGGCUCUCAACCUGGGGGAGAAGCCAGCGGGCAGGCGGCCCUCACCCUGCCUGGCACGUGCAGAGACCCCAGCCACUCUGUGUGGGCAGGGUGCUGUCAAGACCAGACCUCUGGGGGGGGGGCGGGGGGGGGGACUCUUGGAAGGGAGGAAGCAUCACUUCUUUCUCAAGUGGAGUGUUUACACCUUGCUGUAACAUUUGAACUUUCACAAGAGAUGUAAUAAUUUUGAUAAUAAAAUUCUUAACCAUAAUAAUGAUAAAGUUGAGAA